UAAACAUGUUAUGAAGAAAGAUCCAAAAGAGUAAAGACAGGUCAACCAUACAAACAGACAACAAACGACUUUGAACAAAUUCCAUUAAAGCUCCUCGUUGAAACCUUCGAAAUUGCCAGAAAAACGCGGUCUUUAGGGGAAUCGAGGUAAUCAAAACCCUGAUUUCCCCAUCAUCGGCCCAAAUCCUGCUUGAUUUAGCUCUCUGCAAAUAAAUAGCUUUUUACAUUUUUCUCCGUUUAAUUUCCGAUCUGUGAUUAAAAAAAAACUAAAAUUAUAAAUUAAAUGGGGACGCCGGCGUUUCCAAAUCUCGGGAAGCACUGCAGCGUUGAAGAUUGCCGCCAGAUAGAUUUCCUGCCCUUCACCUGCGAUUGCUGCAAACAGGUGAUAAAACUCGUUGCCCGAUCUGUAUAUUGCCUUGACCACAGAAGCUACAGCCGGCACAAUUGCCCCAAAGCCAACAAAAACGACAUAACAGUCGUCAUCUGCCCCUUGUGCGCCAAAGGAGUUCGACUUAUUCCCGAAGAGGACCCCAACAUCACAUGGGAAUCACACGUCAACACUGAAUGCGACCCCUCAAACUACGAACAGUCAACCAAGAAAAGAAAAUGCCCAAUGCCCAGAUGUCGAGAGAUGCUAACCUUCUCCAACACAAUCAAGUGCAGAGACUGCGGGCUCGACCACUGCCUCAAACACCGGUUUGGGCCCGACCACAACUGUCCCGGCCCGAAAAAACCCGAGUCCGCUUUCCAAUUCAUGAAUUUUCUGAACAAGAGCAGCAGAAAGGACGAGCCCAACAAGGAAGCCGGAUCAGCUACUUCCUCCUCGUCUUCUUCUUCCAUCUGGGCUUCGGGCCUUUGGAAGGUAGCCUCGUCUGUUCGGGCCUCGGCUGAAGCCGGUAUUGAAAAGCUGAGCAACGAGUUUAAUCAGGCAGUGAGUACUAAUGGUGGGGCCCAGGUGAGUUCAUCGGGCAGCAGGCAGCAGGAGGUUUGCCCGCAGUGUAGAAUGAGGUUUAAGAAUGUCGGGGCUCUUGUGGAGCACGUGGAGAAAGUGCACGAGAGGAAUGGGGUUAUGAAGGUGACACUCGAUGUUUGUCCAAAGUGUAGUAAAGGGUUUAAGGAUCCUGUUGCGCUCGUGGAGCAUGUAGAGAGAGAACAUAGAGGCGUUUCGAGAGCUUAAUCGAAAGUUCCCUU